UGUAUGUUUAGUAUAGCCUUCAACCCCUUAAUACUGUAUUGUCACAAAGCCGUUCGUUCCAGACGGUGAUUAGCAGAAUGACUGAUCCAAGCAGCAACACGGACUUUAUGGCUGGCUACUCCGGUAUCACCAGACCAAAUGUAGCUGGCAGUGGGUUACCUCAUCGGUCGGUGCUGAACUCUCCCCCUCCUCCAGGCAGACUGACGUCCCUGCGGUCCCGAGACCUGACUCUGGGCGGGUUCAAAAAGAAAACCUUCGUACCCAAUGUCCAUUCUCUGAGGAAGAGUAAAGAUGAGUUAAAGGAAGAGGCCCAUGUUGCACCAAAGAAGGACAGAAGAGUGAGGGAGGAGAGGCACAGGGAGAGAAGAGAGCGCCCCCCUCAGAUCAUUCAGUCCCACUCCAUCUUUGAACAGGGUCCUGCAGACACAGUAAAGAAACCAGGGGGGUGGAGAGGGACCGACCUUACAGACAGCAGAUCCUCUCCUGUAGCUAAGUGUAUUAAGAAGGAGAGACGUGCCUCAGAGGAAAACGAUAUGUUACACAAGCUUCAACGGGAUGAUUUUUUGGAUGAUCCUGGUUUGAAAAAUGAUGCCAAGAACAAGCCAAUUCAACUACCACUGUAUCAAUCUAGCAACUUCCUGAUAACAGAGGCAACAACUCCAUCAUUCAGAGCCCCUGCUACUACUAACCCAAACCUGCCCCUUCAGUACGGACCAGGACAUCAGUACGGACCAGGCCAGAUCCCUCAGUAUAGACCAGACCAGGGGGUCCUGAGCCCUGACCAGAUCCCUCAGUAUAGACCAGACCAGGGGGUCCUGAGCCCUGACCAGCCCUCUGUAGCAGAGCUCUUCCACCAGCUGAUGGUUUCAGAGACAGAAGAGUUGCUGUUCAUCCAGCUACCUGAUACUAUCCCUGGCCAGCCAACCACAGCCUCCGUCCCAAGCCAGCCAGCCACAGCCACCGGCCAGCCAAUCACAGCCCCAGAAAGAAAUUGUAAAAAAGACUCCAAGUCCGACGGCAAGCGCACCUCUCACAUUAAAGCACCAGACACUGCUGGUAAAGACGUUCCUGUCCUGUCAGAGUUCACAGAGGGGUUUCUGGGUAAACUACAGAUCAGGAAGUCUGGCAAGGUGCAGCUGGUGCUGGGAGACAUCACUAUGGACGUCUCAGAGGGAGCUGCCUUCUCUUUCCUACAGCAACUGGUGUCUGUGCGUCUGUCUGAGGGCCUGACUGGAGACAUGAGUAUCCUGGGGAACGUCAAGCACAAGCUGGUCUGCUCUCCAGACUUCCAGGCUCUGCUACAGGAGCCAUCACCUGACCACUCAGCACAUCUCUAACUUAUAUUCCCUUCACCUUUUUCAGCAUUAACUGUGUAGAUAUUGUAGUUUUAUUACAGGAUGUGAGGAUUAACUGUGUAGAUAUUGUACAGUUUUAUUACAGGAUGUGAGGAUUAACUGUGUAGAUAUUGUAGUUUUAUUACACGAUGUGAGGAUGAACUGUGUAGAUAUUGUACAGUUUUAUUACAGGAUGUGAGGAUGAACUGUGUAGAUAUUGUACAGUUUUAUUACACGAUGUGAGGAUGAACUGUGUAGAUAUUGUAGUUUUAUUACACGAUGUGAGGAUGAACUGUGUAGAUAUUGUAGUUUUAUUACACGAUGUGAGGAUGAACUGUGUAGAUAUUGUAGUUUUAUUAGACGAUGUGAGGAUGAACUGUGUAGAUAUUGUAGUUUUAUUACACGAUGUGAGGAUUAACUGUGUAGAUAUUGUAGUUUUAUUACACGAUGUGAGGAUGAACUGUGUAGAUAUUGUAGUUUUAUUACACGAUGUGAGGAUGAACUGUGUAGAUAUUGUAGUUUUAUUACACGAUGUGAGGAUGAACUGUGUAGAUAUUGUAGUUUUAUUACACGAUGUGAGGAUGAACUGUGUAGAUAUUGUAGUUUUAUUACACGAUGUGAGGAUGAACUGUGUAGAUAUUGUAGUUUUAUUACACGAUGUGAGGAUUAACUGUGUAGAUAUUGUAGUUUUAUUACACGAUGUGAGGAUUAACUGUGUAGAUAUUGUAGUUUUAUUACACGAUGUGAGGAUUAACUGUGUAGAUAUUGUAGUUUUAUUACACGAUGUGAGGAUUAACUGUGUAGAUAUUGUAGUUUUAUUACACGAUGUGAGGAUUAACUGUGUAGAUAUUGUAGUUUUAUUACACGAUGUGAGGAUUAACUGUGUAGAUAUUGUAGUUUUAUUACACGAUGUGAGGAUGAACUGUGUAGAUAUUGUAGUUUUAUUACACGAUGUGAGGAUGAACUGUGUAGAUAUUGUAGUUUUAUUACACGAUGUGAGGAUGAACUGUGUAGAUAUUGUACAGUUUUAUUACACGAUGUGAGGAUUAACUGUGUAGAUAUUGUACAGUUUUAUUACACGAUGUGAGGAUUAACUGUGUAGAUAUUGUAGUUUUAUUACACGAUGUGAGGAUGAACUGUGUAGAUAUUGUAGUUUUAUUACACGAUGUGAGGAUGAACUGUGUAGAUAUUGUAGUUUUAUUACACGAUGUGAGGAUGAACUGUGUAGAUAUUGUAUUUUUAUUACACGAUGUGA